AUGAGCGUCAGCGGCCUCGUCCCCCCGCCACUCAGCGAUCUUGGCGCGCAUGGAGUGGUGGCACUGCAGCACUGCGUCUUUGUGGCCCUUCACGUGCAGGGUUCGCUUAAUCCGCACGAUUUUGACCCCAUAGCUCCGCCGCAGAUCCUCGAGGUGGCGGUCCUCGGGGCCUGCGAGGCGAUUCAUGAAUCUAUGAGGCACAAUAAGGCUGCGGUAAGCGUAGGCAACAGUGGAGGGCGUGGCAGAGACUGUCACCGGUGCAGAGGCCUCGCCGUUAUGGGGGGCGUUCUUGUCUGCGGCCACUGUACCGUUCUGAGCGACUUUUCCCUCCUCGGACGUCGUCUCGUCUGCUGCUUCAUUUCCUUCAUCAGAGGCUUCCCGCAACUCUUGGGUCACCUCGUGUACAGCAUCAUUACCAGAGGCUUCCCGCAACUCGGGGGUCACCUCGUGUACAGCAUCAUUACCAGAGGCUUCCCGCAACUCUUGGGUCACCUCGUGUACAGCAUCAUUACCAGAGGCUUCCCGCAACUCGGAGGUCGCCUCGUCUGCAGCAUCAUUACCAGAGGCUUCCCGCAACUCGGAGGUCGCCUCGUCUGCAGCAUCAUUACCAGAGGCUUCCCGCAACUCGGGGGUCACCUCGUCUACAGCAUCAUUACCAGAGGCUUCCCGCAACUCGGGGGUCACCUCGUCUACAGUUUGAUCGUCAACAUCUUCAACGGAGAAUACCUCUUUGAGAUAAGCCUUCCAUUCUUUGUAGUUGUCUUCAUUGUUGUCUUGCACUUUGUCAAUUUCAUCUUUAUCUUCAGCGGAGAAUACCUCCUCGAGAUAAGCCUUCCAUUCUUGGUAUUUGUCUUCCAGUUCGUCGAUAUCAUCAUUUUGUUCAUCAGUAUCAUCAAUAUCAGCCUUAACCUGCGUGUGUGUGCCCCGUGGCUCUCCUUCAAAAAGCCAUUCCGUAGCAAGGUACGGGAUUGGCUGAUUGGCUUGCAGGAGGGCGACUUUUUCUUCGUGUACGUGCAGGAAGAAAGAGUCGAGGCGGCCACCUCGCGUCAGCUGGCCGAGAAACUCUCCCAGGUCAGCGCGGCACGUCGGAUGCUCUUUUUGAAGAGUUUGCUGAACAUUUGGAAUGUUUAUGUUCGAUGA